AUGAAAUGUCAAACUCGUAGGGAAAAAGCCACAGAAUUCUCUGAACCUGGCUAUCAUCUUGUAAAACAUGAUCCUGCCGUUACUUUACUCUGUGAAUUUAAUUGGAAAACUGAUGAGGACUUGUAUUACGACAUCACGUGGUACAUUGAUGAACAGGAAGUUCUUAACCAAACAGUUGACGCAUCUAACAAUUACACUGCUGUGUUAACAGCGUAUGAUGUUCUUGGUGCUGAUAAAAAAAUUGGAACAAAUGUUGUAUGUAAAGUUGGUGCAAAACGAGAUAAAGAAAAAGUGCCAUGUUUGUUCAAAGAUAGUGAUUUGUUCUUUUAUGGAAUAAAGGUUUGCAAUCCUUCUAUAGAACUAGAAAGAAAAGGAUCGAAAGAUGUCGACUUAGAAAUGACAAUACCUUCUGCCUCUGAAACCCGCAUCAUAAACGGAGUAGAGCAACCUGCAAGUGCGCUUGCAAUAUACAUGCACUUCCAUAAUAACUACCAAUCAAAAUGUAGUGGUAGUGGUUCUUCCAACCAAUGCUUUGUUCAAGUCCAAAGUUAUAAUUUUAGUGAAAGGCACAAGUAUGAAACCGAGGAAUGGAAGAGAAAUAUAUCAUUUCCAGUGUACAAUAAGGAUACUGAUGGUUACGUCACAAGUACUAGUAUGACGCUGAGUCUGCGAACAGGAAGUACUGAGGGCAAAGGGAGUAAAAUAUUUGAGAACGCUGUUCUUCCUGACAUUCCAAUAACAGUGCGCGAUACAAAUGAAAUAUGGAAGGGACGCAUCUGUAGUUUCCGCUCAGAUCCUCAUGUAUACACUUUUGAUGGACAGUAUGUAUAAAAAAAAAUGAAAUCGUAUGAUAUUAACUCUUUU